AUGGUUUCGUACAUCAGAGGAGAUCUCUUUUCCCACACUUCGUCACAGGCCGCUGUUUUGGCACAUGCAUGUAACCCCUUCGGUCUGUGGGGCGGAGGCAUUGCUGCUGUAUUCAAAAAAAAAUUUCCGUCUGCUUACAAGUUAUAUGCGAAUCAUUGUAAGCAACAAGGUCCAAACUUGAUGGGGACGUCACUUCUUCUCCCAACAGAACCAAACGAUCCUGGAAAUAACGGGAAUCCGCCCGUGUACAUUGCUUGUUUAUUUACGAGCGACUUCAAUUCCCCUCCUUCGGAGAUUGUUGAAAAUACUCGGAAAAGUAUGCUUGAGCUUUCGCACCAACUUCUGCUGUUAUCCAAUGUGGAGAAAGACAGUGAAAAGAAAGUUGUCGUAAAUAUGCCCAUGAUCAACAGCGGGAUAUUUAAUGUACCUUGGGAGCAAACAGAGGCAGUUUUGGAAAAGUGCCCUAAACUACACAUCAACGUUUAUACAAUCUAA